AUGAAAACCAGGAGCUCAAGUAAGGCGGUCGAGAACAACGGACAUGGAGCUGGAGGGGAUGAUUGCCCACAUGAUGACGCGAAAAGUGUUGGAAAGACGAUACAAGUGCAUAAAAGGAAAUUGAGUAGUGAUGCGGCAGGAAAAGAGGCAGAGGCACAGAGCGAAGUUAAAGAGAAAUUGCCAGUUUUCAAGAACGCGAGCAAAAAUAAGGAGGCUGGAACGGAAAAGGGUGGGAAGAUUGCGCACUUUGCAGAUAAUGUGGAGAAGAAUGAGCAGCGGAUUGCUGGUGGGCAAUGGCACACUAUUUUCGAGGGGUUGAAAGGAUAG